GGUGGUUGGGAAGCAACAAGCAAUUGCAGGCGUGAAGUUUCUAAGCCCUAUUCAAAUUUAGGAAAAAGGUCAGGCAGGAAUUGGCAAAUAUGGGGAGCAGAUGUCUGUGUAUGUGUGUGUGAUGGGGGCAAUUUCUCCCCUCCCCAGGCAUGUGUGGGGUGGGAGUGAGUGAGUGAGUGAGUGAGUGAGUUGGAGAGGGAAGCGAAUGGGAAGCGAGGUCUGGCUGGUUUGGAUCUCUGCAGCAGCAGCAGCAGCAGCAGAGAGAGAGGAGACAGACAGAGAGAGAGAGAGCAGUGAAGGUUUCAGCUGAUUCUCCAGCCUGUUUGAGCCCCAUGUGAACCGACCCCCCCACCCCCCACCAUCCCCACCAGUGGGCAAUUGCUUGAGAUUUGCAGCUCUCCCCACUUUGCAAGAGAAAGCCCAAGCCACAGCCAUCCAGGGUGCAGAGAUGUGGCAGCCUGCAAGCGAGAGACUGCAGCACUUUCAGACCAUGUUAAAGAUGAAGCUGAAUGUUCUGACCCUCCGCAAGGAGCCGUUACCGCCUGUCAUCUUCCACGAACCGGAGGCCAUUGAACUGUCACCCACAGCUCCUCUGAUGAAUGGCCAGACUCACACUGAACGCAAGGUCACAUACUUGGGAAAAAUAGCAACCAGAGGGACCCAGUUUAAGUCGGGGUGCACUGAACGGUCUGUGGUUGAGCUGUGGGAGAAGCCCACACUAACUCCAGAAGACACAUCGCCAGGCAACGCCAUUCUAGAGAUACGUCCCUUCCAGGUCCAGCUCCACCAUUUGGAUGCCAAGGGUGAGGCGACCGUCCACAUGGAUACCUUCCAGGUGGCACGUAUCGCCUACUGCACAGCAGAUCACAACAUCAGCGCCAACAUCUUUGCCUGGAUUUACAGGGAGAUCAAUGAUGAUCUGACCUACCAGAUGGAUUGCCAUGCAGUGGAGUGUAAGAGCAAGCUGGAGGCUAAAAAGCUCGCGCACGCGAUGAUGGAGGCCUUCAAGAAGACUUUCAACAGCAUGAAGAGCGAUGGGAGGAUCCACAAUAGUAGCUCCGAUGAUGAAGACCAGGAGUCAGCAACAUCGGACGAUGGCUGAAUGGGCAGAGCCGGCCCAUCGAUUCAUUCAACAGCAACAGCAAUGUUUGGUCUGUAGACGGGAGUCAUUAGAGAUAAGCCAAUGAGGAAAAACUAAUUGAGGAUGAAACACAAAUGAACCCUUGGAUGGUUAGCUUGCCAUAUUAGAUGAGUGCAUCAAAACAAACGUUUUUAAAAGCUAUAAGAUUACACAUCAUUAAAGUACUGUAGUAGCAUUAAGAUCUAAGGGACUGAUCCGCUGUGAGUGUUGAGUCUGACUCUCACCUCCAGUCAGACACGUCAAACAAUCACACAAGGUUUUGGAUGAAGAAGGACCUUCAGCCCAAUUGAUUUCAUUCUUCCUGCAUCCCCACCUUACUGUCCCUCUCAUUUAUGUAUUGAUAGCAGCUCCCUUUCCAGUUUGUCGAUUGUAAUCCAUCAAAGUAAUGGGACAGUAAACUCCCCAGCCACAAACAUGAAUUAAGCUGAUGUUUAUCUCCAAGGAAGCAGGCGUCAGACCCAAAGAAAAAUCCCUGCAGGAAAACGGAACAAGACAAGGAAUGAAAACCAAACCAACCAGAUUUAUAUGCGAAAGUAAUUCAAAUAAAAGCAUGGAUCUAUCUUCAUAUAUUUCUACCAACAUAUAAACUACAGUUAUGUAAAAGGUGUAUUCCAUUUUUUUUAUAAAAUAUAUUUGAAGCCGUUAAGUAUUAAAAUUGUUAAUGUUUUAAGUUCUGUAAAAACAGUAUCAUUUCUGUGUAUUGUGGACUGUGAAGCUGUGUAUGUGUGGUAAGUGGCGACCAGUCAACACACGAAAAUAUUGAGCCAGAAGGUAUCUCUCUUGAAAAUAAAUAAAGGAAUUGAGAAUCUUCAGCCGA